AGUUUCCUGUCAAACGGUGACAGUUGACAGUUAAGAAAAAUAUUUACCUUGUUCCUUGAAAUUUUUUCGUUAUCUUAUCAGUUGGGCCCCGCAAACAACGUAUUUUUCGUCACACCACCCACCCCUAGCCGAGAAAUAUGACAAUGGGCGAUGAAACACCGGUCACAUCGUUGAUACUUCCCGUGCUGAUACGCCCCAUCCUUUCCCAGCUCGAAAAGCAAGACAUAUCGGCGUCGCAGACCCUCCGCUCCGCCCUCACCAAAGCCGAAGCCUCCUGUCCCGGCCUCACCCAUGAGCUUGUUUUGGGUAUCAUGCGAAAGGGGGACCUCACGGUCAACCUAAACGAAAGCAUCCUGCGUUUGCAGGGCGCCGCCACCGAAACCGAUGAGUACAGACUGAACAGGUCAGAAGACGCCUUCCAGGAACUCAACCGCAAAUCGGCGGCGCUUAAGCGCAUUCUUAGCAGAAUCCCCGACGAGAUCAACGACAGAAAAACGUUUCUCGAAACGAUCAAGGAAAUCGCAAGUGCCAUUAAAAGGUUACUAGAUGCCGUAAAUGAAGUCAAUGGGUUCAUUCCCGGAACCACUGGCAAACAAGCGCUAGAGCAGCGCAAAAGAGAGUUUGUCAAGUUUUCCAAACGCUUCAGCAACACGCUUAAAGAGUAUUUUAAACAAGGACUUGCCGACGCUGUUUUCAUUAGCGCACUCUACCUCAUACACCAAACUAAUAUGAUUAUUGCCACUGUUAAGCAAAAGUGUGAAUAAGUUGUGAUUAACUAUUUUUUUAAUUAAUUUAUUAGACAAGAGUAUUGUUAUGAAUGGGUUUAAGGCGGAGUUCUACAAUUUGCUGUUUGUUGUUUUUUAUUAAUCUAAUACAAAUUUUCCACCAACUGUUGAAAGUAUUCCUGUAUAGAAAAUAUUUUAGUGAAGAGUGCAAAAAUUUAGAUAGUAUUAUAUUAUCAAAAUAAAUAUGUAAUAAAUUGUAUUAAUAAACGACUAUUUUAAGAA